CGUCUUCCUGCCUCCGGGUUUAUGUGAGCACUGUCAAUGGAAAUAUCGCGGUAGUACUCCAUUCCACUCACUACGUAAUGUGCCGUGCUGCUUCUGGCGGCGCUGGUGACAGUGCUGAAAGCUGUUGGGUAUGAAGUGAAACAGAACAGAAUUUUUGUACCAUCCGCAACUGCUUCUUCAAGUUCAGAUCACAACAACGAAACAAAUCAGAGAAACAUCCCAAAACAAGCGAAGUUGCAACUUUGAACAAGACAAAAGGAAAAAAACAUCACUUCUAGGGAAAAAAAAAUCACUGAAGCAAUCAACUGAAACAACCGAAGACGAGACACGGCUACCCAAUUGAAACGCGCGCAAGAGAAGCAAUCCUAUGCCAACGUUGUAAAACUGAGAAGAUAAUAUCUGAUCUGAAACCAGAAGUUUGUGCCUACUCAACAGCUUUGACAAAGCACCACGUCCCAACGUUGCUUCCAGCCCUCUUCAUCCUCACUGCACCACCGACUCACCCCGGGGUGCGGAGAGGGCUGAUAUCUGCUAGUUUUCCCCCCCCUUCAGUUCCCCAACUGUCUCCCCAUCUCUCUACUCUCCCCUCUCGCUCUGCUCAUUUUGUUGCAGUGUUUUUGCACCUGCAUUUUGCCUUUUUGCUCUAGUUCUUUUCUUUUUUUUUUCUUUACUCCUCACUGUUUUUUUUUUUGUUGCUUUUAUGCAACUCUAUUAUACAUCUGUAGUACUUGUGCCAGAAACGUAUAACACAUAAGUGUGUGUGAAGAGGCGACCUGCCACAUCAGCAUUAUCAUCACAUCCCUGACAACUGCAAGUUUCAAGACAUAAAAUCAAGACGUCCAGUGGUUUGUAUCAUUGGGUGGUAGAACCACACACAAAAAAAAAGAUAAACAAAAAGAUUGAGACGUACCAGUUAUCAGGUACAACCAGAGUUGGAGUCGGGUCUGAGUUUAUGGAAAAAUAUGGGCAGCCCUUGGAAAGGCUUUGUCGAGUUUACCUUGCCUGCGUCUCCACCCACCGCGUUCGUUAGUGCUGACCUGAGCAGCCCCCCACCAGUCGGGCUCACCCUGUCACCGUACGGCCGUUCCAUGAGUUUUGACCCGGGCAUGCUCCAUAGCAACGGGCAUACUGCGUAUGCCAACGGUACGAGCGCGGGCAUCAGGGAGACGGGUGUGGUGGAGAAGCUGCUUACUUCCUACGGCUUCAUCCAGUGCUCUGAACGCCAGGCGCGCCUGUUCUUCCACUGCUCCCAGUACAACGGGAACCUGUUGGAGCUCAAGAUAGGAGAUGAUGUGGAGUUUGAGGUGUCCUCUGACAGGCGCACUGGUAAACCCAUAGCAGUGAAGCUGCUUAAGAUUAAACCAGAAGUGCUGUCAGAAGAACGCAUCUCGGGCCAGGUGGGGCGAGACUCGCACGCCUCUCCCUUUACUGUGCUGCAUGGUUAUAUUCAUCCAGUUGUUUCUGCAAUUCCCACUCACCUGGAGGGCAAGUCUGCUCCAGGACAGGUGCCUACAGGCAGUGUCUGCUACGAGAGAAAUGGGUAUGGAUUCCACCCGUGGCAGGAGGUGUUCUACCUGACCUACACCCCAGAAGACGUGGAGGGAAACAUCCACCUGGACACUGGAGACACAGUCAGCUUCCACAUGGAGACUAACAAACACGACUCUGUUUGUUUCAGUACCGGUGCGGUCAGCGCUCACAACAUCCACCUGGUGAAGAAGAAACAAAUGAGCUGCCAGGGGGUGGUGUGUGCCACCAAGGAGGCGUUUGGAUUCAUCGAGAGGGCAGACGUGGUCAAGGAGAUCUUCUUCCACUACAGCGAGUUCAAGGGUGACCUGGAGGCAUUGCAGGCUGGGGAUGAUGUUGAGUUCACCAUCAAAGAGAGAAAUGGUAAGGAGGUUGCCACGGAGGUGAGGCUCCUGCCACAGGGGACUGUCAUCUUUGAGGACAUCAGCAUUGAACAGUUUGAAGGGACAGUCACCAAGGUCAUCCCCAAAGUCCCAAACAAGAACCAGAACGAUCCCUUACCAGGCCGCAUAUCUGCCAGGAUCAGUUUUCAGGACAAAGAGCUUCUGUUUGGGGAGAAAGACACCAAGUCUAAGGUGACCCUGCUGGAGGGAGACCACGUGCAGUUCAACAUCUCCACCGACCGUCGCGACAAGUUGGAGCGGGCCACCAACAUCGACAUCCUGUACGACACCUUCAACUUCACCAAGGAGACCCGUGAGAUGGGUGUGAUCGCUGCCAUGCGUGACGGUUUUGGCUUCAUCAAGUGUGUGGACCGGGAUGCCAGAAUGUUCUUCCACUUCAGUGAGGUUCUGGAAGAGAGCCAACUGCACAUCUCUGAUGAAGUAGAGUUCACCGUUGUGCCGGACAUGCUGUCUGCUCAGAGGAACCACGCAGUGCGCAUCAAGAAGCUGCCCAAGGGCACAGUCUCCUUCCACACUCAGUCCGAGCAGCGCUUUGCGGGUGUGGUGGAGAAAGAGGCUGUGGCAGCCGUCACCAACAAGACUGGCAGUCCCAGCAAGAUCAAGGAAAAGGGUAAAGUUGUAGAGAAGGAAGCCGAGGAGGGCGUGAUUGGAUAUGAGGACUGUGGAGUGAAGCUGACGGUGUCCUAUCACGUCAAGGACCUGGAGGGGGCCAGCCAACCACAGGCUGGAGACAAGGUGGAGUUUUCCAUCAACGAGGUGAAGAGAACGGGCCAGCAGAGUGCAGUGUCGAUCAAGAUUCUCAACCGUUCAGCCAACACCAAGAGGCUGCUAGGAUUUGUUGCAACUCUGAAAGACAACUUCGGCUUCAUCGAGACCGCAAAUCAUGAUCAAGAGAUCUUCUUUCACUAUAGUGAGAUGUGUGGAGACUUGGACAGCCUGGAGCUGGGAGAUACUGUUGAAUACACCUUGUCUAAAGGCAAAGGAAACAAAGUCAGUGCAGAGAAGGUUACCAAGGUGGCCGCAGUUAAUGGCGUGGGGGAGGAUGUUGGUGCAACAGUGUUGCUGGGUAAGGUGGUUCGUCCCCUCCGUAGUGUGGACCCCUCCCAGACAGAGUACCAGGGACUUAUUGAGGUUACUGAAGAAGGUGGCACUAAGGGCCAGAAUUAUCCCUUUGGCAUUGUCGGCAUGGCGAACAAGGCUGAUUGUCUGCAGAAAGGAGAGAUGGUGAAGUUCCAGUUGUGCACCGUGACCCCCACAGGGCAAAAAAUGGCCUGCAGCGUGGUUCCCCAGCGUAGAGCCUUGGUGGAGUGCGUCAAGGACCAGUUUGGUUUUAUCACGUAUGAGGUGGGUGAGAGUAAGAAGCUGUUCUUCCACGUGAAGGAGGUGCAGGACGGCCUGGAACUCCAGACCGGGGACGAGGUGGAGUUCUCUGUCAUCCUCAACCAGCGCACAGGGAAGUGUAGUGCCUGCAACGUACGCAGAGUCAGUGAGGGGCUGAAACAGGUGGCCACACCUCGUCCGGACAGGCUGGUGAACCGGCUGAAGAGCAUCACCCUGGACGACGCCAGUGCUCCCCGCCUGGUCAUCGUGAGACAGCCCCGCGGCCCCGACAACUCCAAGGGAUUUAAUGUGGAGAGGAAGACGAGGCAACCUGGAGUGAUUGACUGAGCAGCCCUACCCCCACCUGCUGAAGGUUGCCAUGAUUUAUUAACGUAAUCCCAUAAUGGACAACAUCAUGGGAAAGGAAUUUUUGCUAUCACAUGCUCGUACUCUGACACAGGCCCAUAUUUGCAAACAGAACUACACACACUGACAUACACACACACAUAUAUACACACACACAGGCAUGUGUAACCCCUAUCCCUGUCCCCCUCACCUGCAAGGGAACUUUCUCAUUCCAUUAGUUCCCUGCUGCCCGUGUAUGAUGUACUUGAUGCAGAGCUCCGUACUGCAAGUAUACAUGGGGAUUUCUCCUCUGUGUGUGUGUGUGUGUGUGUGUGCGUGUGAUUGUUGUGCACAAGGUGUUUUAGCAACGGUAGAGGUAAUGGUGCAUCAAAGAGGGGUUUGAUUUUGAGGAGCCCUGCCUCUCAAUAUCAGAGGUGACUUAUUUUAUAAUUUUUUGUCCCAAUUUUUUUUUUUUUUUUUUUUUUUUUUUCUUAUGUCUGGAAUUCUGCACCUGAAACCUGUCAUCUAUUUGUGUGUGUGUGAGUGCUGGCAUGUACUGGAGUCCAUCUGCUUUGUUCUCUCUCUCUCUCUCUCUUCCUUUGUGGAAACGACAUGAAACGUAUUUGUUAGUGGUUUCCUCUACUGUAUGCUUUCCUUCAAAUCACAUAAAGCAAAGCAAAAGUUCCCUCCAUAAGGAGGAUCCUAUUUCUCAUAUGUGCUUAAACAGGCUAUUCCUCUGCUCGGUUUUUUUGAGCAGUUUUAAAAUGCUUUAUUCAAGAGCUGAGCGUGAAAGCAUGGUGUGUUGUGCAGUAUGUGAAUGUUAAGUGAUUAUUUUGAUUGGGAUUUAUUUUCUCAUAUUGGAGCCUUUAGAUACCUUUUUGGUAUUCACAUGCUUCUAUUAAGCAAUUUCCCCAGGUGCAGAAUUUCUAAUGUCAUCUUACAUCCUGCGGUUCUUUUAUACAUAUUUUUUUUUUCUCUUGCACAUCUGCUUUUGUUCUGUUGAAACUCGAAUUCUGCUAAUGACUGAUAACUGAAAUAAAAAAUAAGGUGCCUAAAAAUGACAGACAAAAAAAAUUAGAUGUAUCCUCUGUCCCAAGCCAACCGCCAAAAUAUAAAGAACAAUCUUAGGGUGGCUUUUUUUUCUAGUAGAAAUAAUACUGGUCUGCAUCCCAAAUACCUGUGGGUUGAAAUAUACUGUAUGUAAUGUGUGCUUUUUUUUUUUUCUUAGUGAAAGAUUCAAACAUCAAGAUAUAACAAUGAAAACAAAUUUAACUUAAAGUGGGGGGGAAAGUAACAAAGUAUUAGAAAUAAUUAAGUUAAAAGGAUCAGGAUAUCUAUUAUUGUACGCUGGAGACGGGUGGAUGAACUGUUGUGCCUCUAUGCACUCAUGGAGUUGGUCUGAAUACAUUUCAACUCUGGAGAGAUCACUGGGUUUCUGAUGAGCUGCUUACAGGGGCUCUCCAAUGUACUUUUGUUAAUGGUCUUGAAUGAAACAAUUGAAUUAAAGUUUUAUGAAAAUCAUGA